AUGCUUCCCUCUCCUGUGGCGAUUCUCUCUUUCCUUGCUUCUACCUUCGCGGACCAUGCAAAUGCAUCUCCAAUUUCCUCGAACCAGGUUUCUGGGUCUCCUAGUACUCUGAACUGGGCGCCUUGCGAGCUUGACUUUCCAAAGACCACCAAAGACGCGAUCACGGGUCCAGUUGACUGCGCGACACUUAACGUUCCCCUGGACUACACACGGCCUAAUUCCUCAGAGACCCUCGCGCUUCAAUUGAUCAGACACAACGCGACGAAAGAGCCAUUCAAGGGCUCCAUCAUCUUUAAUCCAGGAGGUCCGGGUGUUUCGGGCGUGGAGGAAGUCGCCCGGCUGGGUCCCAAGUAUCGCGACGUCUUCGGUGGAAACUACAAUAUCAUUGGCUUUGAUACUCGUGGCACUGGAGAGACUAUCCCAUUUGCCUGCGACCUCAGCACGUUCAACGACACCCGUGAGAUUACGGAAAUCCCAUCAAUUCGAUCCAAGAGGCCAGGUCUGCCGCAGCUGGACCUCUACGAGAUUCUGAAGAACAAAGCGUGGGACGAUGGCAAGUGGUAUGCCGAAGCCUGUGCUGCCACUGAAGGCAAUGAGGAGAUUGGAAGGUUCCUAGGCACCGCCUUCGUCGCUCGCGACAUGCUUCAAAUCGUCGAUGCUCUCAACGAGGACGGUAAACUUCGCUUCUGGGGCCGAUCAUACAGCACUGAUCUUGGUCAAACCUUCGCGGCUAUGUUCCCUGACCGCAUCGACAAGAUGAUUUUGGACAGCGUCCAGAAGGUGAACGACUACUGGACUGGCUCGUGGCAGACGGCUACAUACGGAACGGAAGUUGCUCUUGACAAUUUCUUUCAAGAGUGUAUUACUGCUGGUCCCGAGUUCUGUCCUGGCAUCGCCAACUUCACUGGUGCGAAUACCACUCUCCAGAAUCUCAAGGAUGCACUCGCAGAUUCUCUCAAUGAUCUCAUCGAGCAGCCAAUAUUCUUCCCGGAAGAGAUCCCUACUGGUCUGGGGUGGUGGCGACCUGGCGGGCUUCCGAGCUUCCUGGAUAUCAAAUACAGGCUACUCCAGUUCAACUAUCGCCCCGACCAAUGGCCUACUCUUUACCUGAUUGUGCAGCCCCUUCUAGCUAAGAACUGGGCCGCAUUCACAGAAGUUCCCCCGCAGAACUCCACAGAAGCACCCGGCGAGAUCGAAUUGCCCUGGAACAAAGGCCUGAACAACUUCCACGGCAUUGGCUGCGCAGACGGUAGCUUCCGAACCGACACCCAAGAAGAUUUCUAUAGCAUGAUCCAGGCACAACAGGCCGAAGGUUCCUUCUCCGACGCGUUCAGUCCGCAAGCCUGGGUCUGCGCCCACUGGCCCUUCAAAGCCGCCGAAAGAUACGAGGGUCGAUUCGAAAACAUCAAUACCAGUUUCCCCAUCCUCUUCGUCAACACCGCGAAUGACCCAAUCACACCUCUCGACUACGCGUUCGAGACCGCGAGCGGCUUUCUCGGAUCAAGACUCCUGGUCCAGAAUAGCCAUGGCCACGGCAUCAUGAACCAUCCUUCCAAUUGCACUAUCCAGGCUCUGCAUGAUUACAUGACGGAAGGGACACUGCCUGAGGCCGGCGCUGUCUGCGAGCCGAACGAAACAGGGUUCGAGUAUUUGACGAAGCUGUUGGCGGAAGGUGGUGGCGAGGGAGGGGGGUUGAAGAGAAGUAUGGAGAGCCCUGCAGGAUUGAUGCAAGGGGCGGUUAAGAAAGCGAAGAGGGAUAGACUACACCUUGCUCCUCUUGACUUGCAGUAG